ACACUAUUUAAAUUAAAUGUAAAGUGUUUUAUCAUUUUUUUGUAGAAGCAUUCGCUUCGGAAGAGUUAAUCGAUCGAAGUGAUUUUGAUGUUAUAUUAUCUCAAAGAGAAUUCUUCUUAUCAUACCAUCUUAACUAAAUUAAGGCAAUAACGCUAAGAAAGCGCUAAAAAAAAAAAAAAAAAAAAAAAGGAAAAGGAAAAAAAUCACACUAUGCUUUAGUAUGUAUUUAAAGUACAACGAAAACUGUUUAAAAGAAACCGGUUUAUUUAAAAAGUACACAUAAACGCAUCGUAUUGUUGUUAUAUUACGUUGACUAAGCAAUAUUGUUUGUGUGGGAAAAGACACAUGAGAGCGCUUCACCGUUUUCGUUGUUAAGAAGCAUAAAACGAAAAUUCAAAAUCAAAACAAAAAGCAAAUAAAUGUAAAGCACUAAACAAGCUAAACAAAUACCUAAUAAUGAUAAUGAUCAUAAUCAUGAUCAUAAUGAAGGUAAAAUCACAUAACAAACUUACAAAAUUGCCUUAUGGCAAAGCAUCAGCGAUUAAGAGACUCGGUAGUAAAUUGUGGACACACAGUUAUCGUAUGAUUCCACAUACGUGGUUACUACUGACUCAGAGACUCGCAUGAAACUGAAGGAAAACUUAAAAACGACCGCCGCCAUCACCGUCACCGCCGCCAUCACACACAAAUCGUAAUACGAUUGUUGUUAAUGGUAACAAUAACAAGAGUAAUUUGCAAAGAUUUUGUUUUGAAUUUUUAAAGGAAGCAACAUAUUCAACUUCUUUUCUACUAGCGUUGGUAAACUCGACCAAGUUUCAAUGAGAGUUCUCGAAAGAUUUACAACGACUACUACUAUUAAUUUCCUAACAACGAUCUUACUAUCUCCUAAAAACUCUGUUAUCGUCUUCUUACACUGUUGCAAAGCGUCAUGUCAGAACCGGUUAGUCAUGACGUUAGUACUGAAUCACUUUGUACCGUCAUAGAGACAAGCAAUAACGAGUAUCUCAUCAACAAACUUAAAAAGGAAAAUUUUAUCACAACCACAUCUUUAGAAUCCCUGAAUACGAAUAGAAAUUCUAUUGUUGAAGGAACAUUAAAUAAGGAAAAGAGAACAACAAAUGGUUGUUUACGAAAUUCAAUAGAAGAUAGCUGUGAUACAGAUAGGUCUGAUUAUAGAUCAGAUUAUUCAGUCAAGUCCCAAGAGGACUUGCCAACGAAACCACGCUCUAAAUUAAAAAAAUCGGUAUCAUUUGAUCCUAACGAUGAAAAAAUUAAAAAAUUCAUAAGCGGUGAACCCAUUGUGGACCAACAGAAUCCUUUCAAAAACGCAAAUGGUCAUUUAAAUAACGGCAAUUGCAAACGAAAGGAGAAAAAGAUACCUCCUCCAGUACCGGCGAAGCGUUCUACACUUAGCGUACGUAAAACCGUAACUCAGCAGUUAAGAGAACGUGAACGUGAAAAAGAAAAGGAACGUGAACGUUUAAAAAACGAGGCAAACAAUCGAAAAAAUCAGGUGGUCAUCAAAUCACCCACCGAUGAGUUCAUUACCACCGAAGAAGUUUUAAAGCAAUCGAAAUAUGUUAAAACAUACAUUAAAAAUCCAGAUCCGUAUUUUGUUUACGAUCCUACAAUAUUGGCUAGGCUAAAAUUCGAAGAACUUAAAGAUUUAGCUUUGAAGAAGCCACCAAAGAAAUUGCAGCCAAAUCAAGGUAACCGGGAACGUGCCAAAGACACUAAUAAGCGGCAAUCGGACACCAGACUUAGACUUCCUUUAGCAUUUAAAAAAUGUUCGAAGCCCAACUAUCCUGAUCUCUCAGAUUUAAAAAUUAAAACUGGCACAGAUUCCGAAGGCACUUUUUUAAAUCAAGCUGAAGUAACAAAGAAUGCCAAAAAAUUCGACGAAAGAAUAAAAAAACUCAACAUAUCCUCGGAAGAUGAUAUUGACGAAAUCGAGGAGCCUCUAACCAAAAGCGAAUCAAGUGAUGAAAUAAUUAUGAUCAAUACCGAACAAGAUAAAGAAAAGCAUAGCAAAAUGCCCCAAAACGGCUACUUAAAAAGGGAGCCAUCACCUCCAGCAAUAGAUGGCACUUUUACUAAUACCAUCAAAUCAAAGGAGUUCCAAGAGUACCUUGACAAAAAGGGAUUAACGCUAAUACCUAAAAAAAUACCAAAUGGGGCCCAACCAUUAUAUAAAAAAUCAGUUCCUUCCAAUAAGCAAAUCAGUUUUAAACAAGAGCCUGAAUGUGUACAAAUUUCCUCCUACGAUAAAAAGGACGCUGUCGACAGUGGUAACAAAAAACCUUCAGUGUUUCAAAGACUUCUCGCUAAUAGCAUUUUUGCAUCUAGACGCAAGACCUCCCCCAGGCAUAAUGUGCCAACAGCCAAAACAGUUUACGUGGAGGAUGCUAGCAAACAACUUCCGGGCAAUGAAACUCCUAUAAAACCCAUUAAACGCGUGGUUUUAGAACGUCAAAGUUUCCAUGGACGUCCAAAAACGAACAGUUUAUUGAGUCCAACAGAGACCUUGGAAUUAAAGCAUCAAACGGAACGUACGCGUAAAAGUUAUGCCAGCGGCGAUGAAAUACCUUCGAUAAUAGGCACUAAUUUAAUAAAUGGUGAGAGCAAUUGCGAAGUCGCAGAGAGGCCGACAGCAACUCCUGGCCUAAGGCGACGAGAAUUGCAGGUAAAAACUGUAGCCAAGCCACCACGCAGGACACUUUCGCGUGAACGUGUAGGCAAACAAGACUCGAACAAUAAACCUAUAAGUAGUAGCAAUUUAUAUUCUUUACCUAAAGAAAAUGGUCUUAGAUGCGAAGAACCGCUAAAGCGUUCAUUGGAAAGACAAAGUAUGAUACCUAAGCGCACUAAUGACAGACAGCAGCAGCAGCAGCAACAACAACAGCAACAGCAACAAAUAUUCGCUAGAUCCUCAUCAAUGGAUCGUAAUGAAAUUCUAAAAAGAAAUGCGGUUCGGGCAGCUCAUCAAAGAUCAAAUAGCGUUUCUGGUGAAGCGUCAACACAACUUUCUGCCAUUACUAGGGUAAAUACGAAAGAAAGUAUUAGAGAAACCACUUUCCCCGUUAAUAAUGGUCCGCCCGUGACAUCUACUCCUAAUAAGGAGGCAGCGCCCUUAGUACAUGCCAAAAAUAUUUCACCCAUCUCGUCGAUACCGAAGAAAGCAUCACAACUAGGCGUAUACGUCGAUCAGAAGGAAUGGGACAAAUUGCGAGCUAUUAAGGAACAAACCGAUCGUGAAUUAUAUCAACGUGUGAUGCAACAGCAACAAAAACUGCAUGAACAACUACAACAAACAAAAGACCAAGAUCAAACAAAAGUAGCACUAGCGACGACGUCAAUAACUGCAGAAGCACAGGCAUUAAGUAUACCAGAAAAUAUAUACGAGCAUUUGCCUGGCGGCGGUAGCCAAAUACGUUUACAACCCCUAGAGAGCAAUUUUACAAGAGGUUCCCCGCAAAGAAAUACAUUUUCCGGCAUAACGCGUUUGAGUAACAAUCGACAAGUGAAAAUAAUUGAUGGUAAAGCGUUGAUCACACCAAUAGAACCUGUCAAAUCAAAGCAAACUGAAUCAGCAUCAGUACCAGCGCGAUGUCAAAGUGUGUUAGAAGGCGUAACUCAUUCCGUUUCCACAUUGAAUAAGCGAGGUUAUGAAAGUGAAACUCCCGACACACCGGUCAUACUAAGACGCAAGCAGGAAGCUGUCAAUCCAUCAUCGCGGCGUAUAGGUGGUAUAUUGACACGUGAGGAGAUUUUGCAGAAAAUUAAAGAGUUCUGCAGAAAAUCAUUAAAUAAAACACCAACCAAUCAACAGACUACACCUUUACAAGCUAUUUAUGAGAAACAAACACCUGUGCCGCUGACAACUGGGGCGAUUAGUACUGAUCUCUCGCCCGUUUCGUAUGUUUCGGUGGAAAUGCAUCAACGUCCAGGCUCGCGCAUGUACGCUACUCCACAAGUACCACAACGCAUGAAUAUGCAACAAGCCGUCGCUGGACAUUUUGUGCCCAUAGCCCAAGAAAUGGUUACCGAAGCUAAUGUAACCAAUUCUCCAAUUUAUGCUCACGUAAUAAAACGGGGCAGCGCGCAAUCACAGCAAGCGGAAUUAUAUGAGAUGACACCUCGCACCUUCGUUCCACAGCCAACGACCCAAUAUGUUUUGAGACGAGAUACCGACAUAAAACCAAUUCUCAUACAUCAAGGCACCAUGCAAAGAUCUGAAAGCUCUUUCUCUCCUAACCCCAAUGCAGCCAAUCACGCAACAACCCAAUACAUUUUAGUGGAUGGUGAUAAUGUGCAAACAGCACAACUUGUAAACGGUUAUCCUCAAUAUGAUUUAUACGCUCAACCUCAAUACGUGAGGCCACAUCAAUUACAGGCGAUGCCAGCUAGCUAUGGAUACAUAACCGUUCGUGAACCUAUAAUAGUACAGCCAGCACAGCCGACACAUUUAAUACGACCCCGAUUGCACGACGGUCGCAGUACUCCUUUGAUACUUGAUCGCUCAAGUCAACAUGUGAGUCAAAUUUAUUGGAGCCCAACUUCCUCCAAUAUUGCACAGCAACAACAGCAGGCGGGACUAUUAACUGACCAGAUUAGUCCACGUUACGCAAUUAAACAACCUUAUGCAGUGCCUGUUACACGUUUGGAACAGCAGUUACAACCAAAUCGUGCUACUCCCGUGUUGGUGCGGCAAAUAUUACAACCGCAACAGCAAUCUGCGCAUAUACAAAACGUUCCAGCUCAUCAACAACGUCAAUAUUCCCCUCUAAUAAGAGAAUCAACACCUACACGCCCGCAAAAGCUUCAACAGCCUCAAAUUCAAGAGCUAACUAAUGCCAAUGCAAGACAGAGUCCAGCAGCCUUUGAUUGGGAAAGUGGUUCUGAAGCCGGCGAAGUGCAACGCAUCAUGGAAAAACAACAACAAAAUGAUAUAAAAUAUAAUCAAUCGCAAGAAUUGAAACAGAAUGGAUAGAGAGGAAGAGAAAACUGUAAAGACAAUCCCCAGCCCAU